CUCUGUUCGGACUCAGUGGGCAUUAACAACCACUAUUUCCACCAUAACAGUAUUUACACUUCGUUUUCUCGGUUGCGUGUUUCCUUCUUGGGAGUUUGUGUUGAAAUAUGGCAAUAUUCCAAAUCAACAGUGUGGAAAUGAAGAAUGGGGACAUCUCUCACCAGGCUAUGGAGGCAGAGUACAGGGGCAAGGCUGGGCAGACCCUAUGAAAGAACACUUGGGACAGAGGGGAGGAGUAAAAAUCCUCUCUGCACAGUUUGCACAGUCAGGGAGGUGAAUUAGUGUGGAGCCCAGAAACUUAGGCUGCAGCUCAAGUCUGACUUUUACCGACCUGCAAAUGAUCUAUGCUGAAAGACGUUGCUACUUUUUGCUUUUUUAUCUGAAUUCUGGGCUGCUCAUUUCCAUCCACAGGAACCACUACAACAGCAGGCCCCGACAUGUUAGAACAGGUUCUAUCAUUUGGCCGUUCUCUGGUGCGCCGAAAGCUGGUUGACCUCAGCAGCUUGGAAGACUCCAAGCUCUGCCGCUGCCUGGGUACUGUAGACCUCAUCGCCCUGGGAGUGGGCAGCACGCUGGGUGCUGGUGUUUAUGUACUGGCUGGAGAGGUGGCCAAGGGAAACUCUGGUCCCAGCAUUGUUAUCUCCUUCUUAAUUGCUGCACUGGCCUCCGUCAUGGCAGGCCUUUGUUAUGCAGAGUUUGGAGCUCGUGUCCCAAAGACUGGUUCUGCUUACCUUUACAGUUAUGUGACUGUAGGGGAGAUUUGGGCCUUUAUCACUGGUUGGAACCUGAUCCUCUCCUAUGUGAUUGGAACCUCCUCAGUUGCUCGGGCUUGGAGUGGAACAUUUGAUGAAAUGACGGGAGGACACAUUGAGAUAUUUUGUAAAACUUACUUCAGCAUGAACUCUCCUGGUCUGGCUCAGUACCCUGACUUCUUUGCUGUGUGUCUGAUUCUGCUGCUGUCCGGACUCUUGUCAUUUGGGGUGAAGGAGUCAGCGUGGGUCAAUAAAGUCUUCACCUCAGUCAAUGUGCUUGUACUUCUCUUCGUCAUCAUCUCCGGCUUUGUCAAAGGAGACGCACGCAACUGGAAGAUAAGCGAGGAAUCUCUAGUAAAUGUCACCAUAGUUGUCAGGAACUUAUCAGUGACGGGCAAUGUGAGCAGUGAUUAUGGAGCAGGAGGAUUCAUGCCGUACGGUUUCAGUGGGACGUUAGCCGGAGCCGCCACCUGCUUCUAUGCGUUUGUGGGGUUUGACUGCAUAGCGACAACAGGUGAGGAGGUGAAGAACCCACAGAGGGCCAUUCCCAUCGGCAUAGUGGUGUCACUGACCGUGUGUUUCCUGGCAUACUUUGGCGUUUCGGCUGCGCUCACACUUAUGAUGCCCUACUACCUGCUGGAUGAGAAAAGCCCUCUGCCGAUGGCUUUUGAAUAUGUGGGAUGGAGCCCUGCCAAAUAUGUGGUCGCUGUCGGUUCACUUUGUGCCCUGUCUACCAGUUUGCUGGGCUCCAUUUUCCCUAUGCCUCGUGUAAUCUAUGCUAUGGCAGAGGAUGGGGUGCUUUUCAAAGCCUUAGCCCGAAUCAAUCCUAAAACGAAGACCCCCCUCAUUGCCACUGUGACCUCCGGUGUAGUCGCAGCCAUCAUGGCUUUCCUGUUUGACCUCAAAGCUCUGGUCGACAUGAUGUCCAUUGGAACACUGCUGGCCUACUCACUAGUUGCUAUGUGUGUGCUGAUUCUCAGGUACCAGCCAGACGGCACUCUGGAGCGGCGAGGAAGAGGUGGGUGCGAGAAGGACUACCUGCCCUCGGUGGUGCGCGAGUCUGAACUCACUGAAUCGGAAUCGCACCUCAACAAACUCAAAGCAGGAGGCUCAGCUCUGCAGACAGUCCUGCACCCGCCUGCCUCACCCUCAGAGCAUUCAUCUCGUGUAGUCAACAUGGCCAUCUGUGUACUAGUGCUGCUGGUGUGUGUGCUCAGCUAUCUGACCACUUACCACAUUGAAUCCAUCUGUGGUCUGAAAGUGUGGAUCCUGGCGUCGCUGACUGCAUGUCUCCUCAUGUUCUGUGGAUGUGUCUUCAUGAUCUGCAGGCAGCCUCAGACCACUCAGAAGGUCUCCUUCAUGGUACCCCUUUUGCCAUUUCUGCCAAUUCUGAGCAUCUUUGUUAAUAUUUACCUCAUGGUUCAGCUGAGUGGAGACACUUGGAUACGUUUCUCAGUGUGGAUGGCACUAGGGUUCUUAAUCUACUUCGGCUACGGCAUGUGGCAUAGUGUGGAGCGCCAGCGCCUCCACCAGGGCUCUGUAGCCAGCAGCAGCACUACCCAGGAGUACAAGACCACCAGGGAGAAGGAAGCCGGCUUGGCUGCAGUAGAAAAGGAGCAGGAGCAGCUCAUCCACCCAGAGAAGACCAGUCAGUGUUAAAAGUUCCCCACGUUAGUGCUAAUAGACUGCGAGGUGACAUAAGAGACCCACAAUACAUGUGCCUACGCCUUGAUGCUCUUGUAUGAACAGCAUCAGCAAUGUGGGCCUCAGUACUUUCAAUCUGUGAAAGCCGUGUCAGUAUUUUGUGUCAGUGGUCGCAUGAGGAGGAGCUGCUGUCGUCAUUCAUGGUGAUGGACUCAACACUGCAGACAUUGUGUUUUAUGGAGGAUGUCAUAGGGCACAAUGUGAAGGACAGGUAACACACUGGAGAGUGAUAAUCCCUCAGUGCACGACUGAGAUGUUUAUUAAAAACAUUGCUUGUUAGGGAUUUAGUUUAUCAAUAUUAGCAAGUUUGUCUAAACUAAGUUCCUAAAUCCUCUCAUCAUUUAACGGCCUAAGUGUAUUGUCAAGGUUUUGAUGUUCUGUGCUAUAGUUUUGUAUAAUUGCACACAGGCCACAAUAUGAGGCACCGGUCCAGGCUAAUAAGAUCCAAGUGAAGAGCUAUAACAAAGAAUUCUACCUAAAAAAAUAACUGAUUGCCCAAAAUUUGAUUUUUACAAUAUAUUUUUUUAAAUAUUGUGGUUUCAAACAUUGAGACGUAUUUCUAAUGUUUUGGUUACCUUUUUUUGGUGGGUAUAAGUGCUCAGCAUGAUGCAGUUCUACAUCAUUCCAAACUACAGCUACAAUAAUAAACAUAUUGUUAAAUGAAUACAUCUCUGACAACGUCAAUCAAAAGCAUUACAGUGGUACCUCGGCUUUUGUUAUUAAUUCAUUCCAAAAAGGUGAGACGAAAACUAAAACACAUGAAAAUCGAAGUAAUUUCUCCCAUGGGAAAUAAUGUAAAUCCAAUUAAUCCAUUCCUGACAUUCACAAAUAUUAACAAAAAACAUUUUUAUCGAGAAUAAUUGUAGUUUUACAUGCAGAAAACAAUCCAAAAUACAUGUGACAAAUUAAUAUUUAACAUUAUUUUCACUUUUAUUGAAGACUUGUUGGCAAAGACGGCGAGAAGCAAAAGGGAGGAGGAGAGUGGACUUUUUCCAAGAGUGUUUCUUACCUUCUUUAUCAAAUUGCUGGCACCUGCAACUUCAUUUGGCACCAUGGCGGGUUAUUUAGCAGUCACACUCAAUUAAAAAAAAAUGUGAGUCAGCAAAGCAUAGGGUGCUUUAUUUGGGGACUUGAUUCCGCAGAAUGAUCCAAUAAAGGGCAAACAGUAGUUUGUUACAUGCAAUAUUGUUGAUAACUGAAGUUUGACUGUAUUAUCUUUGUAAAGGCCGCAUUUUUGAUACAGCUCCUGUACCGGCUGUCAUUAGAUUGUGCAGGUGUACGGUGAGUGUAGUUUAAAGCACUUUUAUUAUUACAUAUUGCACAACGCUAAAGGGGUGUUGUCAAUCAUUCUAUUUUUGAUGUAUUUGCUGCACAAUUGUUUCAUUUGAUUAUGUUUGUAGCGAUAAAUCUGUUUAGUUUGAUGACUGUUUUUUGUUGUAUUUUACAGGACACUUGUAUGCUUGCUUGUGUUUAUGCUCUUGAGUUACACAACGCACAAAAAGUUGGGGAUAUUGAGCUUUUUUGGGGGUGAAAUUUCCUGAUAAAGCUAAAAAUAAUAAUAAUAAUGGAUAAGAUUCAUAUAGCGCCUUGACCAAAGCAGCCCUGCCCUAGGGUAGCUUCACGGAAAGGCGGCUGCCAAUGCACGCCUACAGCCUUUCAAACAUUCAUUCAUAUUCGUACACCAGCGUGGGCAGCACUGGAGGCCAGGUGGGUGAAGUGGCUUGCCCAAGGACACAACAACAGUGACUGGGAUGGAGGAAGCUGGAGGAAGCGGGGAUCGCACCACCAACCUACCAUUUUCUGGGCAAUCGCCGCCCAAAAUGCAGUAUAUCUUUUACAGGUGAACCCUAUCUGACCUUCUCGAAACUUUUGAGUCUGACUGUUCGAUGUUUCAGGAACAAAUGGCAAAAGUAGUUCACCUAUACAGGUUAUAAGUGCACUUUAGCUUCAUCCUGAAACUCCAGCAUAACAUCCCUAACUUUUUGUGAGUCGUGUAUAGCUGAAAACAGAAAGCCAGACAUCCUGUUAGUGUUAUGCAACAAUGUAUAGUCUGUAUUCUCAGAUGCUGUCACUAAUGGGUUUAUUUACCUAAAAUAUGUAUUAUGUUUCAGCUGUUACAGUCUGCAUAUUAAGACUGGUAUUGGAUGGCUUUCCCCAAUACUAUAUAUGGCUAAUAUAACCUUCAUGAUAUAUUAUCUGGGACGUCUUCAUUCGGCCUGUGUAACUUCAUAGAAGGUGAACAUGCUUUAUAAAGUACAUAUUUUCCU